AUGGCAAAACCCAGGCAAAGACGGAUAGUACCAUGCCCAGAGUGCAUUGCGAACGCGAAGGCUCCCAGCACAGGAACAGAGAAGGCGCAACUCUGCAAUCAAUGUCUGGCAAGCUUAGCGACGCACUCUGAUCGAGCACAAACGGGACCGAUCGAGGCCUCGUCGCCGGCAUCAUCAAUGGAACUCUUGCUCCCAAAUGAUCAGCAGUCGGAGCCCAAGAGCCCCAACCAAGGCACCAGUGGCGCAUCCACCGGCUUCAUAGUUCUGGAGCCGAGGGAGGCUGUUGUCAAGCGCAUCGCAGCUUCUACGAGGAAGAUUGUCGAACUAAUCAACCGGAACGACUACGAGGACCCCUUCCUCGAUCAGAUCUUCUCGGACCCGUUCUAUGCCUCUGACAUGGACCAAUAUCCUAGCACGAACACAUGGCGUGAGCAUAUGGCUACGUUCCGCGUAAUCCAGACCGAAAGUCCCGAUUACCACAUGAGACCUGUGAGCCUCACCGUUGACGUUGACCGCGGCCUUGACGGUGCGAACGCUUUCAUCGUGGCGGAGAUAAGCGGGCGUCCGCCGGGCGUGAAGAGGGAAAGCCUAGGGGUGUUGAGGUGGGAGUUGAAGCCGGAGGGAUGGCGGGCCGUGUCGCAUACGAACAUGCGUGCUUAUGAUCCUACGAAGACUGUGUAG